AUGGAGGUGUUUGAGGAGCGUUACCGCAACUCAGACAAAGAGCCUAUACAUUUGCAAAUUCUCAAGGUCCAAAGAUGCCAAGCACUCACGUACUAUGGACAACAAGAGAAAGUGAACGCUGUCAUUAGGGCAGACAAGCAAUCUGAUGGAAGUGAAGGUCACAUAUCGGAUAUGAAACACACUGUACUCUACCCUCUUACUGAAGCAACCAAAAGAGCAGCAGUCAAAGUGCAGGCAGAUCGUCGGGCUCAGAGUAGCACAACUAUUACGACCAAACGGCACAAACCGGACAACGGUGUACCCAAGCAAACCAAACCAAUAAGACAACCCCAAGAGAAUAAAGGGGCGCGCGAGGAGCGUGCAUGUCCUUAUUGUAAGGUGAUACCAGCCCCGCAUCGGUUCAGUCAAUGUCCCAUGAAGCCAUCGAGCCAGGCCAAGCAGGCCGAGGAACGUGUCAAACACGUUGUGCAUAUAGCAAGAUUGUCUAAUACCUCCGGCAAGGUGGAACACAUCACAGAAGGUGAGGAACACUGA